AUGAGUCCACCAUCUAGAAGCUGGAAAGAAGCAUAUGUCAACUCCCAAAUGUCGCAAACCAGUCGAAGAAGGCUGUCACAGUCAGGCAACCCACCACCAAGAAGUCGAGACGAACAGAUGAGAGGCAUUAUGUCAAAUGGACGACCAAAUCCAGGGACCUUGCUUCAACGAGAUGAUCAUCGGAGAGGCAGUACUUCAAGUGGACGGCUGCAUCAGGGUACCUUGCUUCAACGAGAUGACGAUAGGAGAGGCAGUAUGUCACAUGGACGACCAACGCAAGGGACCUUACUUCAACGAGAUUCUGCGAACGAAAUACGACAAUUAACCCACUCCCAUGCCGACAUAAGGCGCCAAGCGCAUAGAACAUCUCAAAACAACCCUGUUCCCCCCCUACAACAGCAUACUAUGGCGCAGAGUCAACUAAAAUACAACACGCUUCAAGGUCAAGAACGUGACAGGCAGGAACAAUGA